UGGGCUUUUGUUUAUUCACCUCAGCGAGAGGAGCAAUGGUUGACUUAGACAACUCCAUCAUCGUUUUCAUUCAUUCACCCAGACUUGGAACUCACAUUUGAAACUACCUUACUAUAACACACUCUGUAUAACCUGUCGACAUCCCCAUCAAGUCUAUUCCGCGUUCCUCAUCAUGUUCGUACCUAUUCCACCACCACCUCCACCUCGACCAAGGCAUUGGCAUCACAGCCAUCGCCAAGGGCGCGGCGGCAUCAUCAUCAUCAUCAUCAUCAUGUGUAUUAUCUCCGGCGCCGUGGCCGUCGGCAUUGCCACCGCAAUUGUAGUUGUCUUCGGGGGCUUCACAAUCGAUGGACAUGGGUCAGGAACGACCAGGUCUUCUCAGCUCCACGAAACAGCGGACAUCUUUCUUGGCAUAGACGUUGUCCCCCCACCACCAAGUUCCGGGUCAACGAGGUUGUUGGAGAAGAACAUGACUGCCCUAAGUCGAGUGCGUCGCAAUCAUUAA